AUGGAACAGUGCAAAAUUUGUGGACGACAUAAGAAGCAAUCGGAGCGGUCAUUUGAAUUCAGUUUAGAACCAUUCGAAGAGGAUCGAGAGCUUUCGCAUUUUCUGUACCGAUUGACGCAGGAUAUUAUAAACACGAAAAACUUUUCCGACGAUAACAUUAACCGCUUUUGUGAGAAACAUUUAAGAAAUUCUCUCUAUCCAGACAGACAGCGGCUUCACGAAGUGGUGGAGGAUUUAAGGAAAAAAUUGCGCAUUAAUCAUAAAGAUGUUACUGAAUCAAAUCCAGCAGAACCAACACAUGCUGACAACGGGAAAACAAGGGCAUUGCAAAAUGUUCGGCAAAUGAAAGAUAAAAACAUUAGCACUCAAUCGUUGAUUAAUGUACCCAAACUUGUACUUAAAGAUCCAUCCAGCUCCAUCAGCACAAUCACUACGUAUGAAUUUCCUUCAGCAGAAGAACGAACUGUUAACCCUCUCCAGAUAUUAAUAGCAUCUACACCGCAGCAUAAUGAAGAGUCUCCUGCGUCAAGUACGACCUUGCAAACAAUUUUCCUGAAAUCGAAUCCCAAAGAAAAAGCCGAUCAAAUUAGUACCGUUCAGCCAGUGGACAGUUCUGUCGAUGCGCUUACCAGAAUGGUUGCAGCAAGCAGAAAACCGGGAAGUGCAUGUAAAAGGGGUCCACUGGGCAAAUGUACUCACCGAAAUUUUCAUGAAGCUGGUGCGCAAAGACGUGAUAAAAAUUAUAAGCUGAAUUAUUAA